UGGAGCUUACUUUUAAAAUGAAAGUUUCUAAAAUCUAUGUCUUCAAUGUUUUUCUACUCUUGUCAUUCUUCAGGAGCUCGGAAGCCAAUUCUAUAGCGUUCAUUUCAAAUCUACAAUCAGCUAACGCUUGCGCCAUUGUAAACUGUGGUCAAGGGACUUGUCACGCAGAUAGUUCAUUGCUUGGCUUUGAAUGCGACUGCUAUUCUGGCUGGAAGAAGUUCCGGAUUGGUCCUGUCGAGCUUCCCCCCUGCAUCAUUCCCAACUGCACACUCAACUUUGGCUGCGGCACAGGGAGCCCUUCAGCGCCGUCGCCGCCCCCACCGUUGUUUAAUUUGUCCAACCCUUGUACCUUUGCUUGGUGCGGUGAUGGGACCUGUAAGACAAAUGGGACUGGCUACGAAUGCGAUUGCGAUGCAGGCUCUGAUAAUUUGCUGAAUAUGACAGCCUUACCCUGCUUCAAGGACUGUUCUCUGGGAGCGGAUUGCCAUGGUCUUGGGCUUGGCACGCCACCACCACCUGAUCAGCCAUCAUCUUCUCACGGAUUAAGAGAACACGGAACGGCUUCCCCGAUCGAAUAUAGUUUGACACUGUUAAUUUUAGCUCCUAUGUUUCUUCCAUGGCUAUGAGGGAGAUCAAGACGUGAGUCAUGUCUUGUGACUCAUUUUGCUAAGUGGACCAUGUAUGUGAUGCUAUGAUGGUACUACAUCUACUGCUCCCACUGUAGGGAUAGUCAAUUAGAGGCCGGUUACCCAGGGGAAAGGAAAGACAGGAUCCGGUUGAAGCAUAGACUAAGAUCCAAUAUCAGAAUUGCUGGACCCAUAGAUCUACUUAUAGCCCAAUCGUGUGCUUUCCUGUUUGCAUUUGAAUGGUUCCAACUUUGACCAAAGAAAGAAUGGAAUGAUUCAAUUUCAUCCAUA